ACAUUGCGUAAGGGUUUCUCUGAGCAGGAGGUGAACCAGUGGUCUGAGCGCGGAAUUUAAAACUCUGUUGAGUGUGGAUGCAGCUUUGGAAUUUACCACAUCUGUUUUCGAGAUUGUAAACUAUGAAAGUCAGAAUUAGAGGCUUCAGAUGUCGGCGUGUUUUACUUCUUAUCUCUACCAUAUUAAUUGUCCUGCUUUUAACAAGUUUUCUGGCUUCCCUGUUUGACGAAACAGACAAUAAGUCAUCUGCAUCGAGUUCAAUAUCAUCGAAAGUUGCUCCCGUAGUCAACCAUCCGGAAAGUGAACAAGAUCAUCAAAUUCAAGCACCUGUUCAAGUACCGCCAGUUAUAAGCAGUGAUGAAAAUGUUCUACCGAAAAUUCCUGUUAAACAAUCUCCUGUUUCUGAAUCGCCUUCCUCACUUAACGUUUUUAAGCUGGGGACACCAGUUACCCAGGAUGAAACUCAAGGUGGAAAUCCCUCCAAUAUAACAGUCUCUAAAAUGCGUGAUAAAGUCAGGGAGAUGAUGAAAUUUGCUUGGGAUGGUUACGCCGCUUAUGCGUGGGGAAGCAAUGAAUUGAAACCUAUUUCGAAAUCAGGUCAUUUACCAUCUGUACUUGGUAACAUACCACUUGGCGCUUCAUUAAUUGACGGUCUGGAUACUUUGUACAUGAUGAACUUAAAUAAGGAAUUCAAUGCUGCCGUUGAGUGGAUUGAAAACAGUUUGGAUUUUUCUCAACCAAGUGUUGUAUCGGUGUUUGAAUUCAAUAUCAGGUAUCUUGGCGGUCUGUUGUCAGCUUAUACAUUCGCUAGAAAACCUAUUUUGCUUAACAAGGCAGUGGAACUUGCUCAGCGUCUGUUACCUGCAUUUGAAACACCAAGUGGAAUUCCAAUGAGUUUAGUCAAUUUGAAGACAGGAGAUAAACGAAAUUUCAUUUGGGCAAGCUCUCGAUGUUCCAUUCUAUCGGAAUUCGGCACCUUACAUAUGGAAUUCAAAUAUCUUUCCGAGUUAACCGGUAAUCCAGUGUAUGCAGAAAAAGUAGAUAAUAUUCGCAAGAUUUUGCAAGAAGUCGAUAGACCAAAUGGUUUAUUUCUUAACUAUAUGGAUCCUCAUACUAAAUCAUGGUGUGGUAAUGAAGCUGGUUUAUCUGCAUUAGGCGAUUCAUUUUAUGAAUAUUUAUUGAAAGAAUGGAUUCGAACUGGUUAUCGUGAUAAAAAAGCUCUUGAAUUAUAUAAUUCUAGUUUGGAGGCAUUUCAACGUGUAGGCUUAUUUCGUAGGAGUUCACGUGAUAACCUACUGUAUGUUGGCAAUUACAAAAUUGGCAGUGUGACUAAUUCAAUGGAUCAUCUGGCCUGUUUUGUUGGUGGUAUGCUUGCACUCGGUGCAUCCGAUAAAAACGAUCCUUGGUUUCAACGUGGUGUUGAAGUUACAGAGACCUGUAGAAGAAGUUAUGCAUCUACUUCACUGGGUCUUGGUCCAGAAAUAUUUUCAUUUACUGAAGACUUAUCUGCGAUUGCUAUUUCUAAGUCUCAUAAGCAUUAUCUUCUACGUCCAGAAACAGUGGAAUCAUACUUUUAUUUAUGGCGUUUCACUAAAGAUCCAAAAUACCGUGAUUGGGCAUGGGAUGUUGUCCAGGUAAUAUUAAAAGUUUCAUAAAAUACUGCAUAAGUAUAAAAUUUUCGUUUUGUUUACCCAUAUCCGUGUACAAUUUAACUGUUAGUUCUCCACAUGUGUGUCAUGAUUUGUUUACAUUCAUGUUUGAAUCUUAUUUUGUGGCUUAUCCUGUGAGAUUUGGAUUUGAUCCUGAUAGAAUACGAGGACGCAUUGCACAAGUUCUCUUUCAUUUAAAACAAGUGUGAUUGACUAGUGAGAGUAUGUACAAGCUUUAUGAUAGACAAUUGGGGAAUACUUCCAUAUUAAUUUGUUUAUUAGAUAUAUCAUUCGGUGAAACAGUAUUAUUUGCUAGAUGAUGUUUCGAACAUAAUUUAUUGUUCGUAAUCCUAUCACUUACGUCAAGUCAGUUCCUCCACAUGGUUCAAAGACUUCCGACUUUUAUCAACAACCUACCUUCUCUGCGUACUGAAUAUCAGCAGAUAACAACAAGGAACUCUGGGAACAAACAAACCAAGAACCUAUCUCCAAACAAAUAAGCCAAAAGGAUGGAUUGGAUGCACACUUCGAGGAGACCGUUGAGUGGAACCUGAAUGGGAGACUAAGAUUUGCUUGUCUAGGGUGACAGGGAAGUGACUGUGUGAGAAGGAGAUGAGAGCUCAUCGACAGUCAUGAAUACAAAUAAAGAAGAGUGAAAAGAACAGGAUGAAACGGAGAUGUCUUAUAUGUGUUAUGUUCCACUCGGAACCUAAUGGAAUAAUAAUCAUGGAUAUAUAACUGUAGAACCUGGUGAAUAAGUUAUCGGGAAGAAUAUUCUUUGUUCGCCAAUCAGUUGUGUGCAAUUCUUUGUAUGUCUUUUUCCGUCAGGUUUUUUUCCCAGUCAUUUGGCUUUAAGGUUAGUGAACAUCUCUAAGAUCUGCUAUUCAUUAGGCUAUUAAGGCCAUAAAUAAUGACCUGUGUGACCAUUGCCUAGUGGAAAUCAUGUUGUAAAUAUUAUAACUUUUAGGUCUUGAAUGCGUGUUGAAAUCUUUCGUUUAAGUGUGUAAUGUGAUUACUUGAUUAGGUGACACAAUAUUGUUAGUUAUCAUAUAAAUCAUCAUACUGUCUCAUAAUUUUUAGCUGUCAUGUGCAAGGUGUACGCGCUGGUGUGGGGAAAGUUAUGCUUACUGCACUUUAUUUUCUACUGAUACAUCUCUUUUAAAAAUAUUAUACAACUUUUUAUUUCAGGCUCUUGAUAAAUAUUGUCGUACAGGAGCAGGCUUUUCCGGCAUUGAAGACGUCUACUCUUCUCAACCUGAAUACGAUGAUGUUCAACAAUCCUACUUCCUAGCAGAAACAUUGAAGUAUCUUUAUCUAAUAUUUUCUGAGGAUACUUUAUUGCCACUUGAUAGAUGGGUGUUCAAUUCUGAAGCACAUCCGCUACCUGUUCAAAAUAAAGUUAAACUUACUGAAGUCCAGUAAUUUAAUAUUUUUCAAUUUUACAGUUGGGAUUGAUCUCUUUAUGCUUCAUGUUCAUAAUUUUUUUUUCUCAUAUUGUUUUUAUUUUGCUUCCAUUGACCUGUGAGUUAUGUGCAAUGAGAAGAUGUUUCAUGUAUAUCUUAUGAAGUGUUCUGUGAAUAGAAUAAACACUUUUCUACUGUUUAGCAAAUAAGAUUAUCAAAAACAUAUAGAAAGUAAAUAAAACUAGUCCUAUUAUAAAGUAAUAGAUGUUCUUUAUUUUAACUGAAAAGUUUCUCGGGUCUUCUGGAAUCUCGCCUUUCCCCCUCUCUCUCUCUCUCUCUCUUAUGCUUCUGUCUUCAUAAUACCGUAUUAAUGUUGUCUGUUCUUCUUGUCAAAACAGUCUGUGAUAUUUUCCAAUGGCUAAUGGAAUAUCUGUUUCAGCACCACUCUCUUCUCAUUCUGAUCACAUUCUCUUAAUAUUGUUAUUUCCUGUUUCAUCUAUAGGUAUUCUCUGUCUUAUUUCUUCUUACUUUUCUCUUUUUUGGAUAAUUGUCCAACAUCUUUAGAGAAAGCAGUAAUUUAUUCGUUCGUCAUCUUUCUUGCUGUUUUUUUCCUGUGUAUUCGCACUGUUCUGUGUUAUAUUUCUUGUUCAUAUAUGCACAAAACAUAAACUGAUUGGUUCUCUUUUUAGUUUUUUUUGUUUGAAUAAUUGAUGUUUUAUCUUGUUUCCAGAGUGUAUAUAUUUCAUUCGGAAUAUAAGUUUAUCACG